CCAUGAGAAAUUGAGUGAACUUAGUUAAAGUGGUCAUCAAAGUUUUCUGCUGUGUUUUGAGCAGUUUUGAGUUGUCUUGUCAUUGCGGAAAGUGUGUUUUUCUUUCUCUCGCUUUUCACGAACUUGGAAUUCUGAGUGUGAACAAUGAAAUUCUUUUACGCCAUCUGUGUUGUUUUGAAUUUACAUUUGUUGCACUGCUUGACAUUUGCUCAAAGAGAUUUAGAACCUAACCAAGAUGUUUAUACUAUAGAAGGAAGGGUUUUUCCUCCUGAUGGCCCUAUAAGUGCUAAUUCGUGGUAUUCUCAAACAAGAAUUUUAGCCAAUGGUGGAGAGUUCGUCGGUAUUUUAAAGAGAGAUAACAGUUUUAUCAUACACAAUGUUCCCACUGGCUCUUAUGUAGUUGAAGUGGUGAAUCCAUCCUAUGCCUAUGAGCCUGUGCGAGUUGAAAUCAAUUCGAAAGGAAAGUUGAGAGCUCGGAAGGUUAAUUACAUUCAGACAUCAACAGUGGAGCCUGUUGUGUAUCCACUUGCUAUGACUCCUGUCACUCGAUACCGCUACUUCCAAGUUCGUGAACAAUGGAGAGCAACAGAUUUCUUGUACAGCCCUAUGGUUCUGAUGAUGGUUCUUCCUCUGGUGAUCAUCAUGAUCCUCCCAAAAGUAAUGAAUGACCCUGAAACUAGAAAGGAAAUGGAGCACCUCAACAGCCUUACGCGCUACGACAUGCCUGAAAUGUCAGAAGUCUUGACGUCAUUCUUUGGAGGAGAGAAACCUAAAGUAAAAUCUGCACGGAAAAAGAAGGCACAGUGAGACAUACCCAAAAGUCUACGUUCUCUUAGGCUAAAUAAUGGGGCGGGGAUCAUUAAAAGUUUAUGGGUCAUCUGAGAGUAUAUAAAUUUAAUUGGAAAUGAUGAUUUAAUUACGACUGAAUGUGUAAGUAAACACUCUUUCGAUUAGCCAUUCACAUGUGGCACGUUUGUUAAGAUAUUUGAAGCUAGUCCUAUGGGUCACAGUUUUGUACCAUUUUAUAAAU